GAAGGGGGCUCUAAUAAAGGGAGCACCUUCCUCCGUGGCUGCUCCUCCCUCCGGCUGGGCUUUGCUGGCUGGUGGAUGCUUUAAGUAAGCCACCUGGGGAGGCGGCUUGUGCCAGGAGCCAUCCAGGGAGGCGGGGAUGGUGAUGUCAGGGGCACAAAUACUCUGAGUUCGUCUCCAAUCCAGGAUCUCAUGUCCUCCAGGAUCCUAGAAUGGAGCAGGAAGAGGAUCUGAUUACCCAAAGUUCAAGGGAUCCACCUGAGGCUCCUAGAGGACACAUAGCAAGUGGUGGGCCUGGGAUGAGGGAUCUUGCGGGCGCGCCGGCCCCUUACAAGUGCUCCGUUUGCCGAAAGAGGUUCAACAAGACAUCCAACCUGGUUCAGCAUGAGAAGAUCCACACGGGCGAGAAGCCCUACAGAUGCUCGCAGUGCGGGAAAAGGUUUACCCGGAGCAACAACCUGGCUGAGCACGAGAGGAUCCACACGGGAGAGAAGCCUUACAAAUGUCCCGAGUGCGGGAAGACCUUCAACCGCAGCUCCAUUCUGCUCAGGCACCGGAGGAUCCAUACGGGAGACAAGCCCUACAAGUGCCCCCGGUGCGGGAAGAGUUUUGACGAGAGCGCCAGGCUCCGGGUGCACCAAAGGACUCACCUGACAGAGGUGGCCUACCUCAUCGACAGCAACGGGGAGGCCACAGCCAUCGACACGAGCGGCGUGGCCCACAGCUGCUCCGACUGCGGCAAGACGUUCAGCCUCUACUCCAACCUAGCAAAGCACCAAAGGAUUCACACGGGCGAGAAGCCGUAUCGGUGCGCCCAGUGCGGGGUCAACUUCAGCGAGGCCUCCAACCUGAUCCGCCACCAGAGGUAUCACGCACGGGACAAGCCGUUCCAAUGCCCCAUGUGCCAGAAGAGCUUCGGACAGAGUUCGCACCUCAUCCAGCACCAGCGUAUCCACACGGGCGAGCGGCCCCACAAAUGCCCCGACUGUGGGAAGAGCUUCAUCGAGAACUCGACCCUGAAGAAGCACCAGCGGAUCCACACCGGGGAGAAGCCCCACCGGUGCGUGGAGUGCGGCAAGAGCUUCAGCCUCAGCUCACACCUGGUGACGCACCAGAGGAGCCACACCGGGGAGCGGCCUUACAAAUGCGAGGAUUGCGGGAAGGGCUUCACCGACACGUCCUCCCUCAUCAUCCACCGGCGGAGCCACACCGGGGAGAAGCCCUACAAGUGCGACGUGUGCGGCAAGGCCUUUGUGCUGAGCUCCGUCUACCUGAACCACCACCGGACUCACACCGGGGAGAAGCCUUUUGGCUGCCCCGACUGCGGCCGCGCCUUCCGCCAGUGGUCGCAGCUGGUCAUUCACCGGAGACUCCACACGGGGGAGCGGCCCUACAAAUGCCCCUAUUGCAACAAGGGGUUCUGCGACAGCUCCACCCUGACGAAGCACAAAAGGACCCACACAGGAGAGAAGCCAAACAAGUGUGCCGAGUGCGGGGUGAGCUUCGGCUCGAAGGUGCAGUUGGUGGAGCAUCAGGCGCUGCACGGGGGAGAGGCAUCUGCUCUGGCUAUCCUGUAGCCCACAGCUGGCCAUUGAGAACCUUGCCUUUUAUAUUUGAGAUCCAGAUGCCAUUGGACUCUUCUUCCUAUCAUCCCCUGUAGCCGUGGCCAGUGGUGAGGGAUGAUGGGAGUUGUAGUCCAUCAACAUCUGGAUGGGCCAUUCUUGCCUUUAUUUUUGAGAUGUGUAUGGGAUAGCUCUGCAGGCUGUUUGCUCACCUCUGUAUGUCCGCAUUCAUUCUUGACCCUUUGCCUUCCAGCGCCGGUGAGCAUGGCAACCUUCGCCCCGUCGCUUAGUGUGAGGUGCGUUGGUUGCUGGGCAUGCAAAUAGGUAUGAGAUGAAGGUGGACAUCGGAGUGAUGGCUGGUAAUGUCGCACAGGCAUUGAUGCCUGACAGAAGCAGGGGAAAGCAGAGGUGUUCCCCUCAUUGGUUCCCGCAGAUGGAGACAUAGGUGGGGGCUCCUUUCACAAAACCUCACUCUUUACUUUCAGAUGAUGCUUGCAUGUGCACCAGGAAAACAGUGGACAGACUCACAAAGUAUGGAACAUUGAGAGAUGCACACUUGAGAUUAAAAAAAAAAGCAGUAGAAAACCUGUCCUCUGUUCUUUCUCUGUGUAGGAUUUUGAGAGUAUAAGAAUAGAGAUUUCUCUGUUCUUGGUAAGGGUUCUCUAUUCUGUGGUAAGGGUUAACAAUUACCAUAGCUGCUAU